CCACCGGCUGGCCUAACUUAGCGAGAAUGUCCAGCACCAGCAGCAGAACCCCCGUGCCCUUCUCGCGCGAGCAGCUCGAGCAGGUCUUGAAAAGACGCUUUUUCUACGCGCCGGCGUUCGAGAUCUACGGCGGCGUCUCGGGCCUCUAUGACUACGGCCCCCCAGGCUGCGCCUUCCAGGCCAACGUGAUUGACACGUGGCGCAAACACUUCAUUUUGGAGGAGGACAUGUUGGAGGUGGACUGCACCAUGUUGACGCCGCACGAGGUGCUCAAGACGUCCGGGCACGUGGACAAGUUUUCCGACUGGAUGUGCCGUGACUUGAAGACUGGCGAGAUUUUCCGUGCCGACCACUUGGUGGAGGAGGUGUUGGAGGCGCGCUUGAAGGGCGACAAGGCGGCGCGCGGGCAGGCGGUUGCGGAUGCCGGCGAGGAGUCGGACGACAAGAAGAAGCGCAAGAAGAAGGUCAAGGAGAUCAAGAACGUCAAGUUGGACGACGCCGUGGUGCAGGAGUACGAGUUUGUGUUGAACCAGAUCGACGGGUACCUGGGCCCGCAGUUGGGCGAGUUGAUAGCCAAGUACAACAUCACCAACCCGGCCACCGACGGGCCCUUGGAGCCGCCCGUGGAGUUCAACUUGAUGUUCGAGACGGCCAUCGGCCCCUCCGGCCAGUUGAAGGGCUACUUGCGCCCGGAAACCGCGCAGGGCCAGUUCUUGAACUUCUCCAAGUUGUUGGAGUGCAACAACGAGAAGAUGCCGUUUGCCUCGGCGUCCAUCGGCAAGUCCUUCCGGAACGAGAUCUCGCCCCGCGCCGGCUUGUUGCGUGUGCGCGAGUUCUUGAUGGCCGAGAUCGAGCACUUCGUCGACCCGGACAACAAGAAGCACCCGCGUUUCGCCGAGGUCAAGGACUUGCAGUUGAGCUUCUUGCCCAAGGGCGUGCAGGAGGUCGGCUCCAACGAGUUGGUCGUCAAGUCCGUGGGCGAGGCCGUGGAGUCCGGCAUGGUGGACAACGAGACCUUGGGCUACUUCAUCGCCAGAAUCUACAAGUUCUUGAUGAAGAUCGGCGUGGACCCCUCCAGAUUGAGGUUCAGACAGCACAUGUCCAACGAGAUGGCGCACUACGCCUCUGACUGCUGGGACGCCGAGUUGCACUCCUCCUACGGCUGGAUCGAGUGUGUUGGCUGCGCCGACAGAUCUGCGUACGACUUGAGCGUGCACUCUGCCAGAACCAACGAGAAGAUGGUCGUCAGACAGGCCUUGCCCGAGCCCGUCACUGUCGAGAAGUUCGAGGUCGACAUCGACAAAAAGAAGUUCGGCCCCAAGUUCAGAAAGGACGCCGGUGCCGUGCAGAACUUCUUGGCCGAGAGAACCCAGUGCGAGUUGGAAGACUUGGCCAAGGAGUUGGCUGACACCAGCAAGGUUGUUUUGCAAGUUCCUGGCGUCGAGAGCGACGUGGAGGUGGGCAGCGACUUGAUCAAGAUCGCCAAGGUCACCAGAGUCGAGCACGUGAGAGAGUACACGCCAAACGUCAUCGAGCCCUCUUUCGGUAUUGGCCGUAUUCUCUACUCGAUCUUCGAGCACCAGUUCUGGAGCAGACCCGAGGACAAGGACAGAUCCGUGUUGUCCUUGCCUCCUUUGGUUGCGCCAACGAAGGUCUUGGUGGUGCCUUUGUCGAACCACGCCGACUUGUCCCCACUUGUGCAAAAAAUCACUGCCUCCUUGAGGAAGGAGCAAGUCCCAUUCAAGGUGGACGACUCCUCUGCCUCCAUUGGUAAGAGAUAUGCCAGAAAUGACGAGUUGGGCACGCCUUUCGGUAUCACAAUCGACUUCGACACUGUCAAGGACAACUCUGUCACCUUGAGAGAGAGAGACUCUACCAAGCAGGUCAGAGGUAGCCUUGAGGACAUCAUCAAGGCUGUCAAGGAUAUCACAUACAACGGCGUCUCUUGGGCAGAGGGUACUGCCAACCUCACUCCAUUUGAGACUGCCUCGGACGAGGCCUAAAUCACAUUAUGUAUCUAGAAUCAAACGUAUCAUAUGAAAACAAUAUUUCCAUCUGUGCUUAGGUGACUGUCUCGAAUUCCAAGCCUUACGGACUACUUUGCUCAAGAUCACCGUCGCAUCACUCAAGUCAAACAGCAAGAAGGCGCGUGUUCGGAUGUGCUUUCCACCAUUGAGAAAUGGCUGUGUCCCGCUUGCCCCUUUUCGAUUUCAGCGUGUACAAGUCUUUGAACAAAGCAGAUAUCUUAGUUUCGUCCGACCAGAUUGACAGACUUGGUCACAGACACAUAUAGAUGUAUAAUAAUGCAUACAUUCGAG